GGGGAGGGGAGAUAAAGAGAGAGAGAGAGAGAGUUGAGAAACGCAAAGAGGACGGAGAAGGGGAGGAGAGGGCGAGGCGUGAUUCGGAAGAGGAGAGGAGAGGAGAGGGCGAGGCGUGAUUGGGAAGAGGAGAGGAGAGGAGAGGGCGAGGCCAUGGGGAAGGAGAGAUUGAGCCUGACGCUGGAGAGGUACCACAGCUUCUUCGUCGAUCCCUACGGCACGCGCCUCACCAGCGUCCACCUCAACAACAUCUUCUACAUGCAUGGUUUCACCAGGCUCCACCGCGCCACCAAGCCCGAGAUCAUGGACCACAUGGUGGGGGAGGUCGACCUGCAGCCGCCGCGCCGCUCCACGCUGCACCUGCACAGCGCCGCGCUCGCGCCGCCCUCCGCCGCGCGCAUCGCCGCCGCACAGGCCGCGGCCGACGUCGACGCCAUCGGCUGGGCGGAGUGCCCCAUCGGCUGCGUCACCGCCUUCUCCGCCUUCGCUGACACGCCGGACCCGGUGGAGCCCAUGCCCCCGCCCGCCCACCACAUACUCGCGCUGGCGGUGCGCCUGCGCCGCCCGCGUUCCAAGAGGACGCGCACCUCCCCCUACCAGCGCCCUGCCGCCUCCAACACGGCCAAGGUGAAGGAGGAGGUGGUCAUGGAAGAGGAGUGUGAGGAGAUGUCGUCGGCGGCGCCGUCGACUCCGCCGCGAUGGAUGCGCUCCCCUACACCGCCACCUCCGCCUCCGUCGCCCACGCCGCGGCCACAGACCGUGGUGCCUCCGCCUUCGUCGCCGUGCAGGGGCCAGCCUGAGUUGGAGCCGAUCCUCUCCCCACCACCAGGCUUCGGCUCGCCGACGGGACGCCGGCCUACGUCGGAGCUGAUCCUCCACACACUACCACCACCAGGCUUCGCCUCGCCGCCGGAACGCCGGCCUACUUCGGAGCCGAUCCUCCCCACACCACCACCACCAGGCUUCGGCCCGCCGCCGCAACCAUGCUGGAGCCGUCCUACGUUGGCGCCGCCUCCUACCCCACCACCAGGCUUCGGUUCGCGCCAGGUGGCGCCUCCUCCUCCGCAGUUGUCCUGGGGCUUGCCGAUGCCGCCACCGUCAGGCCCAGGAGCGCCUACAUUCACGCACCAUCUUCAGCCUGCAGGUCCGGCACCACUCUGGCGCUCGCCGAUGCCGCCGUCUUAUCCGGCACCGUGCUGGGGCGCGCCUUCUGUGCUGCCGCCAGCGCAAGCGGCUUGGAGCUGGUCACAUCCACCGCCGCGCUGGGCACCACCUCAUAUGCUGCACCCGCCGCCACCACCCUGGGACUGCACGAGGUCGUUUGCACCUCCUAUGCCGCCGCAACAUCCGCCGCGUUUUGAGAUGCAGCAUACGCCACCGCCACCGCCACCGGGGGCGUGCUCGGGCAGGCAGGUGAUUUACUUUUAGUGACUGCUCUCGUACCGCAUUUACUGUCGUUGCCAAGCUUGAGAGUUUUUGUUUGUUUUGACGGUGGCUAAGCUUAAGAGUUACUACACGGUGACGGGAAAUUAGGGACAACUGUGUUUGCUCUAGUUUCUCUGUUUUCCUGCUCCACCUUGCUGCUGCAGAAACGAGAUGAGUGGGAUAUUGGAAUGA